CGCGCCCUCAAGGGCAGCAGCAACAAGGUCGCCCUCGUGGGCAACGUGGUGGACGCGGUCGUCGACAGCAGUAAGGGUCCGGACGUGGUGCUGGAUCCACGCGCCCUCCUGCGCAAGCCGGUCUGCGUGGCCACAGGGAACAACAAGUACCCGUCGCUCACGCAUGCCAUAUCCCUCGCAGAGGAGCUCGAUAUUCUGGCAACCCCCGAGCGCAUUCUGUUACGACUGACUGUCGAGCGACUGCCCACUUCAACAGGUUCCUCGACGACCUCCUCCGAAACAUUGCACGAAACGGAAACCGUCUCCUCGGACGUCCCCAGCGCGUCCAUCAGCCUGUCCAGCCCAGACACCAGCCGCGAACCAUCUCCAAUCAGGAGUGGAACCACCGCGUUAAGGCUUGGACGUACGAAGGCACCAAGUCCUCUGACAACGGAUGGGGAAGACCCCCUGUUCUUGGACGAGGAAGAGCCGGUGCCGCCGCCCAAGCGCAAGCACACGCUCAAGGAGCGGCUCGCUCCAACACUCAGGGAGCGUCUGGACGAUCCCAUGGACGAGGCGGACGAUGCCGUGUCACUCGGCCUAACUGAUGCUGAGGAAGAGAUCGACGAUUUCUUCGAAAGGACCUGUGUCACAAGUUCUUCUCGUAGAAUAGAUGGUCUGCACGAUGAUGUAUCUGUAGCUACGCCCUGA